AUGGCUUCAAGUUCAAAGUAUCAAAACAUAAGUGUUCAACCGACCACGGUUCCACGGACUGCUAAAACGGUGUACGAGUUACCCCGACAAAACUUGACCAAAGACGAACUCGAGAGAAAAUCGACUUCCGACAGAACUAAACGCCGUGUGGCCCACACGCCGUGGUUUCCCCUGCCCGUAAUAACUAAACCUUUAGUUGAGGAAAAGCCUGCACGGAAACAAACAAAAAAGCUGGUGUUUAAGAAGGAUGGAGUAUGUUUAUAUCAUUAUAAUAUCAUAAAUAUAAUGUAG